GUGAUUAAGCUUUGUCCCAUUGGUGUAUAUUUCACAUGAACAAAGCCAAGCAAGUUGUAGAAACAUGGGAUAAACAGUUUCAUUGUUCUCCACACGACCAGAGAUUGGCCUAUCUGUAUCUUGCAAAUGACAUUCUGCAGAACAGUAGGCGAAAGGGCUCGGAGUUUGUUGGUGAAUUUUGGAAAGUCCUUCCUGAUGCACUUCGUGAUGUAAUUGAGAAUGGGGAUGAUUUUGGAAGAAACGCUGCCCUACGACUGAUUGGCAUUUGGGAGGAGAGAAAAGUUUUUGGAUCUCGAGGGCAGAGUCUUAAGGAAGAGAUAAUGGGAAAGCAUACGGAAACUGGUAACCGAAAUGGGAAGCAAGUUAGCGCUAAACUGAAACAAUCAGCCAGCGAGUCAUUGGAUAAAAUAGUUUCUGGUUACCAAGUUGUUUUUGGAAGUGAGGUAGAUGAAGAUGUAGUACUAAGCAGAUGCAGCAAUUCUAUUAGCUAUCUUGAGAAACUGGACAAACAAAUUGGCGCUGAUGUCAAUUCAGGGCAAUACCAUGGAACUUCAAUUGCAGAGGAUCUGCGGGGACAUCAUACCAUUUUGAGGGACUGCAUUGAACAACUAAGAGCAGUUGAAACAUCAAGGGCGAGUCUCGUGUCUCAUCUGAGAGAGGCUCUUCAAGAACAGGAAUUCAAAUUGGAGCGAGUCAGAAAUCAACUUCAGGUUUGCAUUUCUGUUUCACAACUCCUUGGAGUAUGGACUCGCUGAUUCUUUUUUGUUUUGAUGAUUAAUUGGUUUAGAUUAACCCUAUACGAAAACUCCGUUGUUUUGUGUGGUUGGUUCAAUUUUUACAUGAAACUAACUGUUCUUGUCGCCAGUUGAAACUCAUCCCCAGUCAUUCGUUUCCGUUUUAAAAUUCACAAACCAAACCUUGAUAAUGCUAGGGAAUGUGAUCCCAUGGCAUGGGCUUUUCAUAUUUGUGUCGGACGAACCAUAUUCAAUAUGAGCGAGUUGAUAUAAAUUAUGUAGGGAUUCCUUGUAUCUACCUUCCCAAGAUUGCAUGAAUUUAUUUAUGAAGCCUCUAUUUUACUGCAUUAGAGUUGAUGAAGAUCAUGCUAAUUAAUUCAUUCCCUGUGUUAAUGGAUUGGAGAGCAACUGUAUAAGUGUUACAAAGAGCCUUAUGCUUAGCUUAAAGAAGAAGAAAAAUAAAAAGGAGAAGUUAGUUUCUCAUAGGAUGAUAAUGAGUCAAGAAAUCUGUUAAUAUAUUUAUUUUAAAAAGAAUUGAAUUAGUUACCAAACAACUCUGUUUUUCAAAAACUAAGAAACCAAAGCUGAACGAUUUAUAAUUCUGGUUUUUUGUUUUUAGCUUAAAUAGUCGAGCUAACCCAUGACGUGUCAUUGGCUUAAUGUAUAUUAAUUGUUGGAAAAUUUAUAUACAUUAAGCCAAUGAGAGCAACUUUCAGAAGUAUUCGGACAACACAAUUAUUUUUUGCGUUAAUGAGAACAAAAUGUUGGGAAAGCUUUCUUGAUCUUUCUUUAAAACCU